AAUCCUUGUGGCUAUGUUCUGUUAAAGGGCCCAUUGCUGAAGGGGAAAGGGAAACAAUUGAUGGUGCUAAUUUAACAAGAUUUUUUGAUUUUUUUUCCCCCUAGUCUGCACUUAGAGUCUCAUGUCUAAAAUUUAGACAUGAUGAGCUUUGUGCAAGUCGUCCUCCUCUGCACCCUUGCAGUGACUUACCCUUCCCUUAUAUUGGCACAGCAGCAGGAGCAGUUAGGACCAGAUUCAUGUAUGCAUCAAGGACAAACAUAUGCUGACAGAGAUGUCUGGAAACCAGAACCAUGUCAAAUCUGUGUGUGUGACACUGGAUCGGUCCUUUGCGAUGAAAUCAUGUGUGAUGAAGCUGAAUUAAAUUGUCCAAACCCUGAAAUUCCAUUUGGAGAAUGUUGUCCGAUAUGCCCACAGGCACCAACUGUACGUUUAAGCACACGCCCAGUUAACGGUGGAACUACGGGACAAAAAGGUGACCCUGGUCCUCCUGGAACUCCUGGAAGAAAUGGCAACCCUGGAAGCCCAGGAUCUCCUGGUUCUCCUGGCCAACCUGGACCACCUGGCAUUUGUGAGAACUGUCCAACAAUGAAUGGUGGGGGUUACUCUCCUCAAUAUGACACCAAAGCAUAUGAUGGCAAAUCUGGAGGCCAAGGAUAUAUGGGGCAAUCUGUUGGAUUACCUGGACCUCCUGGCCCAUCAGGACCACCUGGACAUGCUGGUCAACCUGGAUCUCCUGGCUACCAAGGACCCCCCGGUGAAGCUGGACAGCCAGGCUCUCCUGGCCCUCCAGGAUCACCUGGACAGAUAGGACCUCUCGGCCCAGCAGGAAAAGACGGAGAGCCUGGACGACCUGGUAGACCCGGAGAACGUGGAAUAGCUGGUGCCCCUGGAAACAGAGGACCCCCAGGUGCUGCUGGUUUCCCUGGUAUGAAAGGACAUAGAGGACAUGAUGGAAGAGAUGGUGCAAAGGGUGAUAGUGGUGCUCCUGGCCAGCGGGGAGAGGCUGGUAGCCCUGGUGACAAUGGAUUGCCUGGCUCAGUGGGACCAAGAGGACAACCUGGUGAGAGAGGCCGCCCUGGAGGACCUGGUCCUGCUGGAGCUCGUGGUAAUGAUGGAGCAUCUGGAGCUUCUGGACAACCUGGUCCUCCAGGUCCUCCUGGAACUGCAGGAUUCCCUGGUGGUCCAGGUCUCAAGGGUGAAAAUGGAGCUCCUGGUUCUCGAGGCUCAGAUGGUGCUACUGGUCCUAGAGGUGAACCCGGAGCCCAAGGUCCAUCUGGUUUAACUGGCCCUGCUGGUCCUCCUGGUAGAGAUGGAAAUCCAGGUGGCAAGGGAGAAGUGGGUCCUGCUGGUAUUCCAGGUGCUCCUGGUCUUGGUGGUGCUCGAGGUUCUCCUGGCCCACCCGGAAUUAAUGGAGCUCCUGGUUUAAGAGGUGGACCGGGUGAAAAUGGCAAAGAUGGCACAAAGGGAGAACCUGGUCAACGAGGAGAACGUGGAGAAGCUGGACCCCCAGGUACCGCUGGACCUGCUGGUGAAGAAGGCAAAAAGGGAACUAAUGGCGAGCCAGGCACAAAUGGUUUACCAGGAACACCAGGAGAAAGAGGUACCCCAGGUUAUCGUGGACCCCCAGGUAGCAAUGGAGUCCCAGGUGAAAAGGGACCUCCAGGAGAACGUGGAUCACCUGGUCCAGCUGGUGAAAAAGGAAAUUCUGGUGACCCUGGAAGGGAUGGUGGUCCUGGCUUACCUGGCAUGAGAGGUUCUACAGGAAGUCCUGGUAGCCCAGGAGCUGAUGGCAAACCAGGCCCUCAGGGUCCUUCUGGAGAAUCUGGACGUUCUGGUCCUCCUGGUCAACAAGGUCCCAGAGGACAACCUGGUGUAAUGGGAUUCCCUGGUCCUAAGGGUAAUGAGGGUCAACCAGGGAAAAAUGGAGAAAAGGGCGGUCCAGGAUCACCUGGUUCACAGGGGCCUCCUGGAAAGAGUGGAGAAUCAGGAGCACAAGGACCGCCAGGAACAGCAGGUCCCCCAGGAGAAAGAGGAGAACCAGGAGCCACCGGACCUGCAGGGUUCCAGGGCAUGCCUGGACCAGGUGGACCUCCUGGUGAAAACGGAAAACCCGGUGAAGCUGGACCUAGAGGAGAAAAUGGCACUCCUGGAAACCCAGGUGGCAAAGGUGAGAAUGGUGCCCCUGGUGAGAGAGGAGGACAAGGUCCACCAGGAACUCCAGGUGCUAGAGGUUCUUCUGGUCCCCCAGGUCCAGAUGGUGGCAAGGGCCCUGCUGGACCUCCUGGCCCCCCUGGUGGAAUGGGUCCAUCUGGUCUUCAAGGAAUGCCUGGAGAAAGAGGAGCAUUUGGAAGUCCCGGUCCCAAGGGUGAAAGGGGAGAACCUGGUGGCAAAGGGGGUGAUGGAUCUCCUGGUAAAGAUGGCAGCAGAGGUUCUGCAGGUCCCAUAGGUCCACCUGGUCCAGCUGGUCCAUCUGGUGAUAAGGGUGAAAGUGGUCCCGCUGGACCUCCAGGUCCCACUGGUACACGUGGUGGUCCCGGUGAACGUGGAGAAGGUGGUCCUCCUGGUCCUGCUGGCUUCCCUGGGGCACCUGGUCAAAAUGGUGAACCUGGAGUCAAAGGAGAAAAAGGUGGUCCAGGUGAAAGGGGAGAGCCUGGUCCUCAAGGUCUUGGUGGUUCUCCAGGUGGUCCUGGUCCUGCUGGUAACCCUGGUCCUCAAGGUGGCAAAGGAGAUCGUGGCUCACCAGGCUCACCUGGUGCUGCAGGAUUCCCUGGUGCACGUGGUCUUCCUGGCCCUGCUGGAACUAACGGCAAUUCAGGUCCCCCAGGUCCUCCUGGUGGACCAGGGAAAGAUGGUCCCCCAGGCCCAGCUGGCAAUGCUGGUGCUCCAGGCAGCGCAGGUUCAUCAGGUCCAAAAGGUGAUGCAGGUCCACCUGGAGAAAGAGGAGCCCCUGGUACCCGUGGAGAACCGGGUUCACAAGGUCCUUCAGGUAUCCCUGGUCCAUCUGGAACACGUGGUAUAUUAGGAUUGCCUGGCUUACAAGGAAGAUCCGGUGCUCCUGGCCUUCCUGGUCCUAAGGGUGAUGAUGGAAGACCAGGUUCUAAUGGAUCUCCUGGUGAACGUGGCUCUGCUGGUUCGCCUGGUCCUGCUGGCCUUAAUGGUUCACCAGGAGAAGCUGGAAGAGAUGGCAAUCCUGGUGCUGAUGGUACUCCUGGACGUGAUGGGUCUCCUGGUACUAAAGGUGAUCGUGGGGAAAAUGGUUCCCCUGGUGCUCCUGGUGCUCCAGGGCACCCUGGUGCUCCAGGUCCUGCUGGUGCUGCUGGCAAAUCAGGCGAUAGAGGAGAAACUGGGCCUUCUGGUCCUGCUGGUCCUGCCGGUCCUGCUGGUGUUCGUGGCCCUAGUGGGCCACAAGGGGCCCGUGGUGACAAGGGUGAAGCUGGCGAACGUGGUACCAAUGGAAUUAAAGGUCAUCGUGGUAUGCCUGGCAAUCCUGGUCUUCCAGGUCCUCCUGGAUCAUCUGGAGAACAAGGUACUCCUGGAGGUCAAGGUCCAUUGGGUCCCAGGGGUCCCCCCGGAUCUCCCGGUUCUCCAGGCAAAGAUGGUACUAGCGGCUAUCCAGGACCUAUUGGCCCACCAGGUGCCCGUGGUAGCAGAGGAGAAGUUGGUCCAGAGGGAUCAUCUGGUCAGCCUGGUCCCCCGGGACAACCCGGCUCUCCUGGUCCACCUGGCUCUUGCGGAUGUGAGAGUGCUGCUCAACAAGGGAUCGGAUUCGAGAAGGGGCCCUCUCCUUAUUAUGGUGACCAACCAUUUGAUGGCGCUGCAAUGACUUCUGAAAUAAUGUCUUCGUUAAAAUCAAUCAAUGGCCAAAUAGAAAACAUUAUUAGUCCCGAUGGUUCAAAGAAGAAUCCAGCUCGUAACUGCCGUGAUCUCAAAUUAUGUCACCCAGAGUUUAAGAGUGGAGAGUAUUGGAUUGACCCCAACCAAGGAUGCAAAAUCGAUGCAAUUAAGGUUUUCUGCAACAUGGAAACUGGUGAGACCUGUGUAAAUGCAAACCCAAGCAAUGUCCCACGCAAGAACUGGUUCACAAACUCUAAAAGUGAUAAGAAACAUGUCUGGUUUGGAGAGUCUAUGAAUGGUGGCUUCCAGUUUGGCUACGGAGAUCCAGAUCUUCCAGAAGAUGUCACAGAAGUUCAGAUGGCAUUUCUACGAAUCCUAUCUAGUAGAGCAUCUCAAAACAUCACAUACCACUGCAAGAACAGCAUUGCCUACAUGGACAGCCAUAAUGGAAAUGUAAAGAAGGCUUUGAAAUUCAUGAGCUCGACUGAGAGUGAGCUGAAGGCGGAAGGAAAUAGCAAAUUCACAUACACUGUUAUAGAGGAUGGCUGCACUAAACACACAGGCGAAUGGAGCAAAACAGUGUUUGAAUACAGAACAAAGAAGACAAUGAGGUUGCCAAUUUUAGAUAUUGCACCACUGGAUAUUGGUGGACCAGAUCAAGAAUUUGGAGUUGACGUUGGCCCUGUAUGCUUCUUGUAAAUAAAGAGAAACACACUUUCUAAAAUCCCAGCAAAUGAUCUGCACUUCAUCUGUGCCCCUAUUGUUUUAAUCUUGUCACCUACUAGAGGUAUAAACUGUACUCCAGUUAUUUAUUUCCAUCCAAUGAUGAAACAAAGGGAAAACAAGGUGGAAAGGGCUGCAAGAUUUGUAAUAACACAAACUAAAUGCUUUUGCUAUAUUUUUUUUACAAAAUUCAUAUUUUGAAGACAUCUAAAUGGUGCUAUACAAUUUGUUAAUAACAACACUGUGUGAUGUUUUGCCAAUUCACAAAGCACUGAUCAUUCCACAUAUCAAACUCGAACGCCUUUCUAACCAAGAUGAAGUUCACAUUAAGUCGAGAGAACUUCCCUGUUUCAGCUACCUCAUCGUGGAAAGAAAUGGGGGAGAGUUUGAUAGGUCAGAAAACUGGCUGCAUGCUAGGCAUUGCAGUGAAUCAACACAGUAAUACUGUCAGGUUUCUGUGUAAAUGUUUGAGACACAAAUGCUAUAUUUUUAUGAUGUAAACUUAAGAGUUGGUCCAAACGUAAAUCAAAUCUUGCUUGGUGCUUCUGUACUUUCCUGUCAUUGCUGGCCAAGACCACUAAAAUUAGGGAAGGGUAGAGAAAAAAACAUCAUGGUGCUAAACGCUAACAUGUUUCCGUUGUAAAACUACAAACCAAAGAGGUAUUGAUUGUACAAACAAAACAAAAUAAAAACUUUCACAAAACUUG